AUGCCCGGCCGUAAAUCGGCCAAACACAGCCAAAGGGAGGUCAUCUCAGUAGCAGACAUGCUGACCACGAAGAGGCCUGCAGCACGUGGCGCCCAAGCAGACCAGACCCCUAAACAAACAGAGGCAGACGACCCAACAAGGAUGAUAGGGAAUCUCCCUGACACCUCUAACGCCACCAUACUACAAUCACUAAUGGAGGUGAAGGGAUUUCUAGCGGCAGAAAUUGUGCGCACGGCAACGGAAGUCAAGGCCGGAAUAACCGCCAUCGGGGCCCGCACCACCGUGGUCGAGCAGUGCCUGGCCCGCCCAGUCACAACUCAGAACAGCUCCGCAACUCUUACCAACACCCUAAGGCACCGGAUCACAGAUCUGGAAAUAGAACUCUAA